AUGAUCAAUCUCAAUCUCAAUGUUCGAAUAUUUGGCUCGAUUGCCAUAGUUUUCGUUUUUUCUUUUCUUUUCUUCAGCGUUGUUCCUUCUCGUGCUACAACGACACCAUCAAACGAUGUAGCAUCAAGCAUUUGUCCGAAAACUAGAAAUCCACCAUUUUGCGUGGACGUGUUGAAAUCUGCAGGCAGCACGGACCUGAAAGUGUUAGCUACUUACACCCUCAACCUUGCAAAUGAAAAUGCACUAAAAUCUACAAAUUUAGCCAAGUCGCUUGCAGCAAUGACAACCAAUCCUCCGCUUAAGAAUCAAUAUUUGUCUUGCUACGAGAGCUACGAGGAGGCCACAAGCGACAUUGAAAAUGCUAAAAGCAAUUUGGCCUCCGGUGAUUUCAAUGGUGUCAACAUUGCAACUUCUGGCGUCAUGACGUCGGUCAGCGACUGUCUAGAUAGCUUCAAACAACUACGGAUAGAUCCAUCGCUGCUCAAGGAUGGAAAGACUUUAAACGAUGUAUGUAGCAUUAUUUUAGUUAUAUCUAAUCUUCUUCCAUAG